AUGGCUUCUCACCAACCCGCGAAGUGCUGCACUGAGGGCGUGCGCCAUGAAGGCGAGCCUACCGGCAAGAUGACCAAGAUCGGUAACGGCAUCGAUGCGUACAUCGCGACAGCCCCUGCCGACAAGGCGCAUAAGGGUACGGGAAUUGUCUACGUCCCCGACAUUUACGGUAUCUGGAACAACAGCAAGCUCAUGGCUGAUCAAUACGCUGCCAACGGCUACACCACCAUCUUGCCCGACCUCUUCAACGGCGAAGUGUUCCCUAACCCCCUGCCCGAGGGUUGCGAUAUCGUGGGAUGGAUCACCAAGGGUAUUAAUGGCGAAAACCCUCACACUCCCGCUCAGAUCGACCCUAUCGUUGUCGAGGCCAUCAAGGCUCUUAAGGAGCAAGGCAUUACCAAGAUUGGAGCUGUAGGCUACUGCUUUGGUGCCAAGUACGUUAUCCGCAACUACAAGGAGGGCAUCAGCGUCGGCUACGUCGCCCACCCCUCUUUCGUCGAGGAGGACGAGCUCCGCGCCAUCAGCGGCCCUCUCUCCAUCGCCGCCGCGCAAACCGACAAGAUUUUCCCCGCCAAUCUCCGCCACCGAUCCGAGGAGAUCCUCAUCGAGACGGGAAAGCCCUUCCAGAUCAAUCUGUUCUCUGGCGUCGAGCACGGUUUCGCUGUCCGUGGUGACCCCAACGACAAGGUUGUGCGAUUCGCCAAGGAGCAGGCCUUCUACCAGGCUGUGCAGUGGUUUGACGAGCACUUGGCUUAG